UUCUGCUUCGAAAAAAACGAUUCGUCCAAUUUUACCAUCUGAGAGUCAGUGAUCCGAAUCAGUAAACAGACUCGAACUCCCCCGACACUAACGGUACCCGCUGCCCGCCGUUGCCAUGGUCACCACAGAGAAGCUCGUGGCAGUGGCGCGAAACGUCCAGUCGGUGGCGCAGCCGCAUCAGACUUCAGCGCGAGGCUCCGAGCCCGUGACAGCAUCACUCAGGUAGUAACGGGGCAGAUCCGAGGACCAGAUACCGAGGACCGGAUCCCGAGGACCGUGUGGGGCUGCUCCAGCUCGAGGUUUCCCGUCCAAACGGCCUAAAAACCUCCCGCUCUCCCGCCUCCUCCUCCGGACAACAAUGGUGGCUAAGAACAGAAAGCAGCCCGGGAAGAGUCCAGCGACCCAGGCUGACCGCGACAGGAGCCCUCUGCUUUCGCCCCCCGGCAAGAGUACCGCGCGGCGGCCGGGCAGGGAGGGCAAAGCCUUCAACGGCUCCCACCCGAACGGGCUGUCGGGCAUCGGACACAAGCUCGGGCUCAGUCCCCCCGCGGUCGCCAGGCUCGGGCUCACGCUGCUCCUCGCUGCUCUGACCGGGUAUCUCCAUUGGCAUCAUCUCUCUCAGCUGUUUGAGAAUGACAGACACUUUUCACACUUGUCUAACCUGGAGAAGGAAAUGGCUUUCCGCACAGAAAUGGGUUUGUACUAUUCCUACUACAAGGCGAUCAUCGAGGCUCCCACCUUCCUGGACGGCCUGCACGUGGUCAUGAAUGACCGUCUGACAGAAUACCCGCUGGUUAUUAACACGCUGAAGAGAUUCAAUCUCUACCCUGAGGUGGUCCUGGCCAGCUGGUACCGGAUGUACACAGGAGUAAUGGGAUACUUUGGGAUUCCCACAAAGAUGUGCUGGUCCAUCAACAGAGGAGAGGGACUCACGCCCGUGGACAGCUGUGAAGGGAUGGGCGACCCGGCGUAUUUCUACGUGAGCUGUGUGUUCCUGCUGAACGGCGUGAUGAUGAGCCUGUUCUUCAUUUACGGCGCCUACCUCAGUGGCAGCCGACUGGGCGGCGUUGUUACCACCAUGUGUUUCUUCUUCAACCACGGCGAGAGCACUCGUGUGAUGUGGACUCCACCCCUGAGGGAGAGCUUUGCCUACCCCUUCUUAGUCCUGCAGAUGCUGCUUCUCACCUACAUCCUACGGACACGGACCCCGAGCAGGACAGCCAUGGUGGCUCUGGGUGUCUCCAAUUUGUGCUUCAUGCUGCCUUGGCAGUUCGCCCAGUUCGUGCUGCUCACUCAGGUGGCUUCUCUGUUUGCUUAAAUCCUCGGUUACCUCGGCGCUGCCAAGAUGCAGUCCAUCCUCGUCACUCACAUGAUCACUCUCGGCGUCUGCUUUGUCCUGAUGUUUGGCAACUCCAUGCUGCUCACGUCCUUCUACGCCUCCUCACUCGUCUCCAUCUGGGCAAUCAUUGCAUUGAGGGAUAGAUUCGCUCAAGUCUUCAAACCUGGCAUCGUCACCUGGGUCAUGCAGGGUUUGGCUUGGGUCGGCUCCACAGUCCUGCUAAAGUUCAUGUUGUCCACGAUCCUCUGUGCCUCCGAUGAUGCUCACAUCAGUGCACUGAUCAAGUCUAAGUUCACGAGCUACAAGGACUUCCACACGCUGAUGUACACGUGUGCUGCCGAAUUUGACUUCAUUGAGUUGGAGACUCCUGUACGUUACCUUAAAACGUUGCUGCUGCCCAUCAACAUGCUGGUGGUUGCUCUCAUCGCGUGGAAGACGAUCCAGGAUAUCGUCCGCUUCCUGAGGGACGGAGGGAAGUCCGACGAUGUCGACGAAGCCGCAGGGUCUGAAGUAGUCGGGAAUGGAGAGUUGGUGUAUCACAGUCUGCAGCUGGUGGCGUUUACUGUGCUGGCCGUCCUCAUCAUGCGUCUGAAGCUUUUCCUGACGCCCCACAUGUGCAUCAUGGCCUCGCUCAUCUGCUCCAAACAGUUGUUCGGCUGGAUCGGAGAGAAGUUGAAGCACCAGGCUGCCGUGUUUGCAGUCAUAGCCAUCAUGGCCGUACAGGGAGUGGCCAACCUGCAGGCCCAGUGGGCGAUCAUUGGAGAGUUCAGCAACCUGCCGCAGGAGGAGCUGCUGGACUGGAUCCAGGACAACACCCGUCCUGAUUCUGUGUUUGCCGGAGCGAUGCCCACCAUGGCCAGCGUGAAGCUCUCUACCGGUCGGCCCAUCGUCAACCACCCCCACUAUGAAGACGCUGGUCUGAGGGAGAGGACCAAGCUGGUCUACUCCAUGUACAGCCGCAUGUCCGGAGAAACUGUGAAGAGGAACCUGAUGAAGCUGGGAGUGGACUUCUUCGUCCUGGAGGAUUCUUGGUGCACCAGGCGAACCAGGCCUGGGUGCAGCAUGCCAGAAAUCUGGGACAUCGAGGACCCCGAAAAUGUCGGUAAAACCCCCCUCUGCACUCACAUGUCCAGGAGCUCACGACCCCACUUCGCCACAGUCUUUUCCAAUGACAUUUACAAAGUCCUCAAAGUCCCCAAAGCUACCAAAGAUCUCAGAUAACAUCGUGGAACAGACUAGUUCAACACCCAACCACUUCUUUUUUCUUUUUUUUUCCCACACGUUUUGGUCGGUCACUGCCGUUCCUGGUUUUUACUCUUCCCGAGCAGAGGACUAAUAAUAGUUGGAGUCUCUCGUGUGUCCUCAGUGUUCCUCUCCCUGUUUCAUCCUUAUCGCUGCAUCUUUGUCAGCCAGCGAUGUUCCCGUUACGCUCCCGUCGGUGCCCGAGUGAAAGCCAAAAGGUGUCGCAGCUCCUCGUUUAGUUUGUUGCAUCGGUUCUGUUCCAUAGAAUCUUUAUUGUCCUCAAACAGAUGCUGUUCACACAUCAGUGUUGUUUUCUUACUGUACAGAAUUAAUUUCCUUUGACUCGUGCUGAAGAAGUACAUUUUGUCUGGCGGGACCAAUCGAUGAUGUCCACAUACUGUGAAGCAAUACCCUUUGCAAACUUGACAAAAGCCGACUUCUUCUCUUGUUAUGCACAGUGUUGAUCUCUGAAAAGAUUUUUUUCAGUAGUACACUAUUUUUAUAAUUUAUUUGUGUGAGUAUUUUUUUAUGCAAACGCCAAGAUGUUCUGACAUUUUUUUUUUCUUUUAAAACAGAAUUUUGAAGAAUCACAGGAGAAAAUUCUGUUCUCGUGUUCGGAAGCUUUUAAAAAAUCUAUUUAAAUUACAUAUCGUUCAGCCUCCGCGUCCAGAUGGAAGUCACUCAAGGAUUUGUAACAAUAUUUCACAAAGUAGAAGAGCGUUCGUUCUGAAAUUUGGUUAUAGAUUGGAGAAAGAAGGGAUUUGUUUUUAACUUCCCCCUCACAACGUUUUUGUAAAUACCCAAACAAAUGUUUUGUAAAAACCAAUGUACAGCCUUUAAAAGGUCCUUUUUGUUUCCUGUUCAUUGCCAAAGUUAUGUCUUGUUAUUAAAGCUGCGUGUUCGGGGAACUGUAGCACAUGAAAAAAACGUGUUUUCAUCAGCCUGUGAGUUCUGUAACAGCCAAUCCAAUCUAUUCGUAGCAGUGGAUUUUGUGUAAAUGGUAGCAGUCGUUGGUUCUUGGAAACUUAAUUAGACGAGAAGAUCGUCAUGUCUGUACGGUAAAUAUUGACGCUACGGAGGCGAGGCCCGGCUCCGUUAAAAAGACGAUCUGAACGAAAAGACAGUUUAGCUGAUCACAUCCACAGCUUGUACUGUCUGUAACACACCUUUACACACACACACACACACUGUAGGUUAAAGCCGUUACAACGGUUUAAUGGAAUAGUUCCACGUUUUAGGAAUGAGAAGAUUGAUUCCUCCACUCUCACUGUCACUAAAUUUGAAGCUAUAGCCUACAAAGACUAACAAUAGGUUAGUUUGUAGCUUCAUAUUUGACGGACAGAUGCGAGAGUGGCUCUUCUUGUAGAAAAAUGUUGAACUGCUCCUAUAAGACUGAGUCACUGUGUUGGAGGAGUGCCAACAGGAGAAACUUCUUUCUCCUUGAUCGCUUCGAGAGCUGCUCAGGUUACGUGGCAGUUGAUGUUUAUGGGUUAUUUGUUGCACGUUUACUCCUCCAACAUGAUGACAUGUGCUUCACAAUCAUCAUUAACUCAUCAAAUCUUCUGCGAUGGGUUUGGUUUCUGAAAAGGCUGCAAGUUUCUCUCAGCUUUAAAGGUUUAUUUUUUUUUUUGUGUAUAAAGGUGGAAAUCAUUUCAACACAUCUCGGUGCAGCUCAUUUCAUCGGUUGGGCACCAAAAUGAGAUGAAGGAACAAACAUUUCAGAAACUCUCAAAUGUGCCAGAGCGAGCGAACAAGUCGCACUUAAUCUGUGACGUUUUGUCCGUCUGAUUUCGGAGCUGCUCAUACGUAGAGACGAGGUUUCACGGCAUAAAAGUUGACUUGUAAAUUCAAGUGCCCGGUUUUGACGUAAAUACUUUAUUCCCGUCGCAGGCGUUGGCGUGUUGCAGAUGUCUUUUAUAAUAUUUGUCUAUUUUGUCUGUAUUUUAAAAAAUAAAGUAUUUGCAGCACCGUU